ACCACAAAGCCCUCCUUCUUUCUUGCUCGGUCAACAGUGAUAAAGGCCCAUCAGCUUUCAGAUUUUUAAACCCUUGGAUCCACCACACAAAUUUCAUUUCAAUUGUCAAGGAAUGCUGGACCAAAAUGCCUACUGUUGGCGGUAUGCAUGGACUUGUAGCCAAACUCAAGGGUCUCAAAUCCUGUCUCAAGGCUUGGAACAAGGAUGAGUUUGGUCAUAUUUUCGAUAACCUCAAGAAUGCUGAAAUUUAUGCCACUACCACCCAGCAGCUAUAUGAAGAUAACCCAACGGAGGCCAACCGUGUAACAGCACAGGAAGCUAACGCCAGGUUGCUCCUUGCUAGCCACAAAGAAGUUGUCUAUUGGAAGCAAAAAGCAAAUGCCAAAUGGCUAGAACAUGGGGAUAUGAAUUCCAAGGUGUUCCAUGCUUUCGCCAAUGGCAAGAGAAGGAAGCUUGCUAUCAAUCAUAUCAUUUCUCCUACUGGUAUUGGGCUCUUAGACAGUUCCCAGAUUCGUGAUGCGGCAAUAACCCAUUUUUCCAAACAGUUCCUGGCCCCUGCCGAACCACCCCCCUUGCACAACCUAUCCCAUUUACCUUCCCUCCUUUCAGACGAGGACAACACCAUGCUUACUGCCCUCCCCACCUUGGAGGAGGAAGAUAUGCUUAAAGCCUCCCAAGAGUUCUUCUUAGGGUUCGCCAUCCCCCAUGCUUUUGGAAGCACCCUUAUUACUUUAAUCCCUAAGAAGGAUUGCCCUAAAAGCUUCGACGACUACAGGCCCAUUUCUUUGAGUACUUUUAUGAGCAAAGUUAAUACAAAGAUUUUAGCUUGCAGGUUAAAAAUCAUCCUCCCCAAGAUUAUCUCCAACAAUCAAGCGGCGUUUCAAAAAGGGAAGUGCAUGUCUGACCACAUUCUCCUUGCUAUGGAAGCUUUGCACAACUUGAACAGGAAAACGUUUGGAGGAAACGUCAUCAUUAAAAUUGACAUGGCCAAGGCGUUUGACACCCUACGGUGGGACUACCUGGAGGCGGUUCUUCUUCGGUUCGGUUUUAGCAACAAAGCUACUAACCUUCUCAUGGCUAACCUAAAAGGCAGUAUGCUCUCAGUCCUCAUUAACGGGCAACCUGCGGGCUACUUUCCCAUGACUAGGGGUGUCAAGCAAGGCGACCCUCUUUCGCCUCUUCUUUUCAUAAUUGCAAGUGAAGGUUUGUCUCGGCUACUUAACAGAAGCAUGGAUGAAUCCCAUAUCCAGCUUUACAACAUGGGAAGUGUGAAGUUUAUAGGGCACCUCACCUAUGCCGAUGACAUAAUGAUCUUUACUAAAGGUGACUCCAUCAAUCUACUCAAACUCAGGAAGCUGCUGGAUGAAUACUCUUCAGAUUCUGGUCAGGUCAUUAAUUCAGCCAAGAGCAAGUUCUACGUCAAAGAAACCACAAACAGUACCCACCUGCAGAACAUGGAGAAAAUCCUGGGCAUGCAUUUAGGAUCCUUACCCUUCACCUACCUUGGAGCUACCAUCUGCAAAGGGAAACUUAAAAAACACCACUGUGGCAGCCUGAUGGAUCACUUUGACAAGCAUAUUCACUCGUGGUAUAGCAAAACACUGAACCAAAUGGGACGCCUGAUUCUCACCAAGCAUGUUCUCUCGUCCAUCCCACUACAUAUUCUAGCCGUGCACUCCCUCCCGGUGGCAGUCAUCAAUCUUCUUCAUACUAGGAUGGCCAAUUUCUUUUGGGGAAGAAGGCACGGCAACCAACUACACCACUGGAAGAGCUGGAAACAUCUUUGUCAAUCCUCAAGCAUUGGUGGGCUUGAUAUUAAGGAUCUUCAAACACUUCAACAGAACCAAUCGAUCAAGCUUUGGUGGCGGGUGAAUCAUGAUACAGGUGUCUGGGCUAACACCAUGCGAGCCAUCUACAUGCGCAAGGGCACAAUCAAAGAGAAGCUCACUGAUUCCACGCCAUGGAAGAGAAUUUGCCGGCGGCAAAGGGAACGAAAUCGUAGCACUAAGCACGAAGUGCGCUACCGACUCGCUGUCUGGAGUGGUACAGUGAAAACAAUUGAAGCAAUGAGCAUGAAGUGCGCCGCUGACUCGCUGUCCGGAGCGGAAAGGCUGCCCACCCGCGGUGACGACAUCGCGACAUAUGGUGGCGAUGAUUGGAUUCUCAACAACGAGGCGGUGGUCAUCCGAGAGCUUGGAAUCACCAACCUCAUCUAUCACAGCGGCGCACCAACCAUCCCUUCAGCCCCGCCGGAAAAGCAUCUUCUGCUCUACAUCCUCACCUGGAUUCUUCGUCCCCGGGACGGUAGCCACACUUGUCUCUUCAACGAGGAUCUCAAGGCCGUUCAUGCCAUCACCCAUGGCGCCUCGAUCAAUUGGGCAAAAUACGUCAUGAUUCACAUGGCGGAUUGCGCCUCAAUCACCACUGAGCGGAGCUUUCCAUACGCAUUCCUCGUCAUGGAUCUCAUUGUUGCCUCCGACAUCCACAUCGCCGGCCCGGACACGAAGAUGACGAAGCUUUGGAUCAUCCAAAACAGCACCUUCCGAAAGAAGUCCGGUGACAGAACCGGCGUAGGACCCAGUCGGGCUCCGGCCCCCGCUCCCGCCAAGGCCUCCUUACAGUCCAUAGCCGAUACCCUGAAUCGGCUAACCAUCACCGUGGAUGGCAUGGGCCAGUACCUAGAGAGGAUGGACUGGACGCUGCAACGCCAACACCACGACAUGACGGCGUUCUUCCACGGCAUCAACUACGUCCCUCCGCCCUUUGACACCACCUUCCUUGGCCAAAACUAUGAAGGCGAGGACGAGGAGGAUAACUCCUAUGCUCCGUCCUCCUCCCCCGACGAAGCCGACUUUAAGGACGCGGUCGACGGGGAUCCCAUGGACGUUGAGGACGACAAAGAAGACGAUGACGCCGAGAACGAGGACGCCGAUGCUUAGACUCUUCCUUCUCUCCUUUCCCUACUUUAAUUGAAUUUCUUUUAUCUAUUUCAAUUCCGUUGUAUUCCGCAUUUUCUCCUUUUUUUAAUGAAGCACUUACCUCUCC